AUGGCUCACUCUAGUUUCAGUGCCGUGGAUGAGUACGGUUUCGAGAGGCAUGAAGACUUUGACUAUGAGAGCUAUGAAGAGUUCAUGUCUGUUUACUUAAAAGUAUUAGCUUCAAGAGCACAGAAAUGGUCUAAUUUACUAGGAGAAGGAAAGUCGGUCAAACGGACAAAUACAGUAAAGAGAUAUGUGCGCAAAGGGAUUCCGAGUGAGCACCGACCAUCUGUUUGGAUGGCUAUUUCAGAAGUUGAUAAAAUGAAAGAUCAAAGCCCUGACUUAUACCAAAAAAUUCUAGAUAGCCCUUUUGAAAAAGAGUUGGUUGAUAUAGUAAAAACUGACUUGCCGCGUACAUUUCCUGAUAACAUUUAUUUUUCGAAGGAAGCCAAUCAUCAGGCUCACUUAUUCAAUGUCCUUAUUGCUUAUGCCCAUAACAAUAGAGUGGUUGGCUACUGUCAAGGAUUAAAUUAUAUUGCUGGUUUGCUGUUAUUAGCUACAAAGAGUGAAGAAACUUCAUUUUGGCUUCUUAAAGUAUUAGUUGAGAAGAUUCUGCCAGAUUAUUAUACAAAGACUAUGGACGGUCUGAUUGUUGACAUAGAAGUUUUGUCUGAACUAGUCAAAUCUAAAGCCCCUGAUGUUCACCAACAUGUGAUUAACUUAGGUUUGCCGUGGGCCGUUAUAACCACUAAGUGGUUUGUAUGUUUGUUUGCAGAAGUACUACCCAUAGAAACUGUAUUAAGAAUUUGGGAUUGUAUAUUUUAUGAGGGCUCUAAAAUUUUGUUCAGAGUCUGCUUGACACUAAUUAAAAACAACCGGGCUUCUAUUAUGGCAUGCAAUGAUUUCACUUCCUUGGCUGAAUGCUUUAAAGCCAUCGUGAAAAAUGCCAGUGCCUUGCACUGUCAUGAAUUUAUGCAGUCAAUCUUUAAAGUACCUGGCACAUUAUCUAAUGCUACAAUACUGAAGCUGAGAGCACGUUUUGCUAAACAACGUAGAGAGCAACAACAAAAAGAACCCCGG